CAGCAACCAGAAAAAGGAAGAGAAUUUAGAGAAACAGUGAAAUGGCUGCAGAGGGAGACAACUCCAUUUACCCCAUUGCUGUCCUUAUAGAUGAGCUUAGGAAUGAUGACGUACAAUUGAGGCUCAAUUCCAUCAAGAAGCUCUCUACCAUUGCACUGGCCCUUGGAGACGAGAGAACUCGUAGUGAACUCCUCCCAUUCCUCACCGAUACUUUGGAUGAUGAUGACGAGGUUCUCUGGGCUUUAGCGGAACAAUUAGGAGAUGCUGAUUUUAUUGUGCUGGUGGGCGGGCCCGACCACGCACACACAUUAUUGCCACCUCUUGAGAGUUUGGCUACAGUAGAGGAGACUGUUGUCCGUGAUAAAGCGGUGGAGUCCCUCAGAGCUGUAGCCAGUAAGCUCUCCGGCAAACAGAUUGAGGAGUUCUUCAUUCCAAUGAUCAAACGACUUGCGUCAGGUGAAUGGUUUACUUCGCGUACAUCGGCUUGCGGUCUUUUUUCGGUGGCUUAUUCUCUUACCAGUAAUAACACGAAAGAUGAACUGAGAACAUUAUUCCGCACACUGUGUACCGACGAUACUCCCAUGGUUCGAAGAGCAGCUGCUGGAAAGCUAGGGGAAUUUGCUAAAGUAGUUGAACCUGAAAAUGUAAAGCGGGACAUGAUGUCUUUAUUUCAUCACCUAGCAGCUGAUGAUCAAGAUUCCGUUAGAUUAUUAGCAAUAGAAGCAUGUUCCUCCAUAGCCUCUCUUUUGUCAAAGGAAGACAUUGAGCUGGCAGUGGUUGGUACACUUAAUAACGCAGCUAAGGACAAAUCAUGGAGAGUUAGGUACAUGAUGGCUGACAAAUUCACGGAGCUUCAGGUUGCUGUGGGACCUGACAUCACAAAAACUAAUUUAGUUCAUGCCUUUGCCGGUCUGCUUAAAGACGCUGAGGCAGAAGUAAGAGCUGCUGCUUGUACUAGACUAAAAGAUUUUUGUGAACAUUUGGGUGAAGAUUAUAGAGUCGAUUCGAUACUUACACAAAUUAUGCCCUGUAUACAACAAUUAGUAAAUGAUGUAAAUCAGCAUGUUAAAACAGCACUUGCUUCAGUUAUAAUGGGCCUUUCUCCUCUGGUUGGGAAGGAAAACACCAUUGAGCACUUAUUGCCAUUGUUUUUAACACAAUUAAAGGAUGAGUGUCCAGACGUUAGGCUUAACAUCAUAUCCAGUCUAGAUUCCGUCAAUAAAGUAAUUGGUAUCAGUCAGUUGUCCCAGUCUCUCUUGCCUGCUAUUGUUGAGUUGGCUGAAGACUCAAAAUGGAGAGUGAGGCUAGCAAUCAUCGAGUACAUGCCAUUGCUGGCAGAGCAGUUGGGGGUGACCGUCUUUGAAGAGAAAUUGAACCAGCUCUGCAUGCAAUGGCUCAUUGAUAAUGUGUAUGCUAUUAGAGAAGCUGCUUCUGUUAAUUUGCGUAAUCUUGUUGAAAAGUUCGGUUCAGAGUGGGCACGUGUGGCCAUACUGCCAAAGGUGCUCUCUAUGGCCAAAGACUCCAAUUACCUUCACAGAAUGACAACACUUUUCACUGUUAAUUUGUUGAGUGAAGUAUGUUCGGAGGAUGUUAUUGUUGAGACAAUGCUGCCCGUAGUACUUGGACUUUCUAAUGACCCUGUCCCCAAUGUAAGAUUCAAUGUAGCAAAAACACUAACAAAACUGGCUCACAAUAUACCAGCAAAUAUUGUUCAGAAUGAUAUCUCUCCCUGCAUUCAAGAUUUAGCUACCAAGGAUUCCGAUAUCGAUGUGACAUAUUUUGCUCAGGAAUCCCUCAUUGCCAUCAAGCAAAAGUCUUAGUUUUAGUCUUUAUUUUAGAGAACGGAAAAGAAAAGAUCUGUUCUUAAUUUUUCACUUUCUUAUAUGUGUACCGUAAUAUUAUUAAAUUAUUUGUUGUUAUUGCUGUCAGAUGCUAUGACUUUCUCUCUCUCUCUUUCAAUGUCUCUUCUCUACUCUCACUCAUUAGUAAAUUAUACAGAGUACUUACUAUUAUGUAUCUUUAUCACACACACUAAUAAUGUCCUUAUUAUUAUUUAAUGCGAAGUCUGAACUAUUAAUUUUGUAGUUAUUAUUUUAA